GAAAAUAAGGAAAAAGCAGUGAUGUUGAGCGGGCGAUUUCGCGGGAAUCGUUUAUUUUGCUCGCUGGCACGGAAUCAGUUCAGCGAUAUCUGAAAAUAUAGUUAAGUAACCGACUGGCGCCUGGCUGCAGCUGGAGUCUGACGUCCCAUUUCUAAGGACAGCCAUGUUCUCCGACCUGAGUGCCCAGAAGCGGGGCUCCUCUCUGCUCUGCCGUCCUGCCUCCGAGGACCAGGGCCCCGUGUUUGAGAGGGUGUCGCUGGCCUACAGUCCGUGCUCAGAACGCUACGGAGUGGGAGAGAGGAGUUUCAGUCGCCAGUAUGCUCAUAUUUACGCCGCACGCCUCAUGCAGAUGAGGCCACUGCUGUCAGUGAGAGCUCAGCAGAAGUGGGGGUCCGAUGUUCCUAUCAGAAAGCUGUGUGAUCUUCAGACAGGGGAGCAGUGUUGCAUUGUAGGAACCUUGUUCAAGCGUAUGGACCUGCAGCCAUCUAUUCUCAAAGAGAUCAGCGAUGAGCACAACCUGCUGCCCCAGCCUGCACGAGCCAAAUACAUCAGUGAGACAGAUGAGCUGAUUCUGGAGGAUGAGCUUCAAAGGAUCAAACUGGAGGGCAAAGUUGACAGAGACAAGUGUGUCACAGGCAGUGUUAUCGCCAUAUAUGGAGCUGAGAGGAAUGAUGGGAAGUUCACGGUUGAGGAUUUUUGCAUGGCUGAUCUUCCCCUGCAGACGCCACGACCUGCCCUUACCUCUGACAGGUUUGUGCUGCUAGCCUCAGGACUUGGUCUUGGCAGUAGUCAUGCCGACAGUAUGCUGGGGCUACAGUUGCUGAUAGACAUGGUAACCGGUCAGCUCGGUGACCAGGGGGAGCAGAGCGGGGCGGCGAGCAUUUCAAGGGUCCUACUGGCAGGAAACCUUCUGAGUCAAAGCACCCAGGACAAGGAUGCCUCAACGAAGCCCAAGUACCUCACCAAGAAGACUCAGGCAGGCAGCGUGGAGGCCAUUCGUCUGCUGGAUGAGCUGCUGCUUCAGCUGGUGGCCUCAGUUCCAGUGGACGUAAUGCCCGGCCAGAAUGACCCCACCAACUACACCCUCCCACAGCAGCCUCUCCACCGCUGUAUGUUCCCCUUGUCCUCAGUGUACCCCACACUGCAGCUGGCCACUAAUCCAUUCAUAGCUACUAUUGAUGGAGUCAGGUUUCUGGGCACAUCAGGCCAGAAUGUCAGUGACAUUCAGAGGUACAGCAGCAUGGACAGUCACCUAGAAAUACUGGAGGAAACGCUACGACUGAGACACCUGGCCCCCACAGCACCUGAUACUCUCGGAUGUUACCCGUUUUACCAAAAAGACCCGUUCAUCUUGGAGGAGUGUCCCCACGUUUACUUCAGCGGCAACGCCCCAACCUUUGAGUCGAAGCUCAUCAAAGGCCCUGAUGGCCAGGAAGUUCUUCUGGUUACUGUCCCAGAGUUCAGCAGCACUCAGACCGCGUGCCUGGUCAACUUACGUACUCUCGACUGUGAGCCGGUCAGCUUCUCGGCCUUCUCCGCUGACGACGAUGAGGAGAGCGAGAUGAACAUCAGCCACUGAGGGCCUGACUGUUGUCUCCUGACCGCAGACUACACCGAUAAUGUCUAAUAUCAUAAAAGGUCAGUGGAUUGCUGUUGAUCAGAAAUCAGCAUUCACAAAGGAGCUAGACAAAGAGAAGACGGGCAUGUGUAUUAACAAGCGUUUAUUUGAAAAAUAACUCUUCUGCCCCAACUGCCUCCUUUGACUCUCUGUUAUCAACAAAUUCUUUUUAAACAUUUAUUGACUGUUCACACUGUAAAAACAUUUCCGCUGUGGAUGACGAUGCUGUAAAUAAUUAAAACUCUGAAAUGAAGAAAAAAAAA